ACACUUGACAGCUGCUUUCAAGAAUUUUGAGGUUAUUCUCUAGUGUUUGCUCUAGUAUUUUUCUCAGUGAGAUAUAACUUUAUUUAUGUGUUUGUAAAUGAAAUUAGCUUAAAUAUUAAAUAAUUUAUUAUAAAUGCUAUUUUAGAAACUAGUAUAAAUUCUAAAAUCUAAAGCAUGUACUCUAAUAUAAUUGUUUCCAGGCAAUGGCCAAGGGUGGCAUGCCUUUGUAGAACACUUACAAAUAUUGAAGGACAGAAAUUACCUCAAAAUAGUAAAUCUUUUGAUGGAAUUACCCCACCGCCGCGCAUACCAAGAGGCCCGACGGAUAUUCUGCAAGCCCUAGCAGCAACCGUAGGACAUGAUCCAACUGCGACUCAUUAUAAAUACCAUGAUGAUCCGUACCUUAUUCCAUUAUCAAACUUCCGUAAGAGAGCAUACGCGCUGUCAGCUGAGGCCGGUCGCAAAGCAGCGGCAUGGAUAAGAGAUGAGCAUGCAGAGUUGUUCUCUAUGAGACAGUGGGACCCGCCUGGCAAGAAAAAAACUCCACAUUUCAAUGCGGAUCCUCAUAUUGACGCAUAUGCACCACGGCCCAUCUACAAUGAUGAAUCCCAAGUAACAGAAGAAGAUUUAAUAUAUACAAUCAAUAAUGCUCUGAUAGAGGAUUCGCUAAAAGUAUUCCAACUUCUUGGAGGAUUAGAAGGUGUGAAUGAUGAACUGAAGCUGCAGUUCCUUCAAUUGCUAUGUUUUUACAAUGAGAAGGAGCCUGACUCUAUGGAGUGGCUGGAAGAGAGGUGGUUUGCGGCAACCACAAGAGAUAGACAAGCUACUACUUGGAAACUUGGUGGACUCGCAGAUAAGAUCUUCACAGCAAUGGAACCAAAAACAUCUGAGGCAUAUUGUACAAUUAUUCAAGGGAUGGCUAAAUAUUACCAGGCUGAACGAGCGCAUGAAUUAGCACAAGAGGCGUUAGAAAAAGGCAUUCCACUUUCGACAAGUGUUUACAAUGCUCUCAUCGGGUGCGUGGGAUUCUUGCGUGAGGGCACGACGCUGCGCAUGGAAGCUCUUAAAUCUUUACUUACGCAAAUGAAUGAACAGGGUCUAUCUCCAAACGAUGAGACGCUCACGGCUUGUUUGAGAUCCAUCUCUGCAUGGGGUGGCGGUAAAAUGCUGCAAGAGUUGGCACUGCAAGUGGUUGCAGAGUUUAAACAUUUGGGCAUACACCCUGGCUUGUCGGCGUACUAUUAUCUACUGUGCCUGUUUUGUAAAGAACGGGGUCCACGCAUCGACAUUCUGUCAACAAUUCUAACCGAUCUUGAGAGCAGAGAAAAAAUAGAAGCCAUGGAAGCUACAGAUACAAACUUUUUCAUCACAGCAAUGGGCGUGUGCAGUGAUCACUUACAGGACAUAAAUAUGGCUGAACGGCUACACAUGCUCCUAAUGAAAGGCGAUAACUACAAAUUGGUCGGCGAUGCUUACAAAGAGAGCAUUUAUUACAGGCAUCUAGUCACUAUUGCGUGCAGACACGCACCAUUCGAAAGAACAACUGAAUUGUUGGACACGUUGGUGCCAAAUGUGUACGUUCCGGAACCGUCUGUAAUGGAAGAGAUAAUAAGAACGUUAGAAGUGGCGGGUGCUGGCGACAGACUGGCGCAGGCUUGGUCUCAACUCGUUGUGUUCGGUCACGCGAAGCGAACCAAACUUGUGGAGAAACUCGUGGAAGCCAUGACCAAUACUUACCAGUAUCAAGAUGAGGAAGUGAAAUCGAAAAUGCGCAGUGCAGCCGUCGACAUAUUUAAUUUCGGAGAAUUAAUGACAGAACAAGAAGAAAACAAAGAUGUCAGAGCACCUGCAUUACCAAAGUUGUCAGCGACGGCGCUGUCGAACAUCGUGGAGCUGUGCGCCACCUCCGAGGACGCUGCGAGCGCGAGUUGGAGCGCGGCGGAGGCGGCGCUGCGGCGGCUGCAGCGCGGCGACGCCACCGGCGUGCCCGCACGGCCGCAGGCACUCGCCGAAGUAGCAGAAAAGGCCGCAGCCGUAGGAAAGCAAGGAGUUGCCGCUGCUGCGGUAGCGUAUCUAGCGGAGUGUGGUUUCGAAGAAGCAACCGCAGCGAGUGUGCAAGUACUGAGCAAAAUUCUGAACCGCACCAAUGAAGAAGUACUGGCGUUAUUACAAGAGCCACAAAUCAACUUGUCGAGCAGUCUGCAACCUUCAGCGAUGUCUGUCGUCGAAUCGUACCAUCUAGCAAAGACCGGUGUUCCCGCCAGAGACGCUGCGGAUUCCUCAACGAGUUCAGACAGCGACAGCGAAUCCACCUCCGACGACGAAUAGAUACAAUUAGUUACAAAUUACAAAUUAGUAUGUUACUUUAAUAAAGUGCAUUUAAGUA